AUGGCGAGAGCCUACCUCGGCUUCACCACCCCUCUCUCCUCCUCCCUCCGCUACGCUGCUCAUUACCCUUUCCCUUUCACUUUCACUUUCACUUUUUCUACGCCCUCCCAUUUUCUUAGUUCCAUCGCUGCUACCGCAGUGCCUCAAUCCUCCUCCCGCAGCUUCCACACCUCACUCGAAGUCAUCGGUGGUGCCGUGGACAAAUUCCUGCCCGCAUUCAAAACCCUUCAUCUUCCUUAUGUUCCUUACCCCAUGGUAGCCUGGAAUCGCCACGUGGAGACCAUUUUCGCCGCAUUUUUCCGGUCACUCCCCGAGGUCAACUUCCGGCGUGAGUGUCUCCGCACUACGGACGACGGUGUCGUCUCUCUCGACUGGGUCUCCGGAGAUGACCGCAAAUUGCCGUCGGAUGCUCCCCUUCUCAUUUUGCUUGUCGGUCUGAGUGGUGGUAGUGGGGACACGUACGUGAGACAUAUGUUGUUGCAGGCUAAGGGUAAAGGAUGGCGGGUGGUGGUGUUUAAUAGCAGAGGUUGUGGGGACAGCCCUGUGACCACAGCUCAGUUCUAUUCAGCUUCAUUCUUGGGGGAUAUAUCUGAGGUAGUGAAUCAUGUUGGUGACCGCUACCCAAAUGCAAAUUUAUAUGCUAUUGGUUGGUCUCUUGGAGCUAAUAUUCUUGUUCGAUACGUGGGUCAGGUGCGGAAAACCCACACCAAAAGCAUCUUUGCCUCAUUUUCUGAGAUGCUCAGUCAUCCAUACUUUUUCUUAGAUGAUAUUUCACUAACCAUUUUUAAAGAUGGGAAACUGAAGUACAUGCUGAUUCAGUGGCGGGUUCUAGUAUGGCUGAAUUGCCCCCAGGAAUUGGCGACUCUGAGAAGCUGUAGAUUUUCGCUGAUGAGUAUCAUCUGUCUCGUCGGGCUACUCGUCAAUCGCCGAGUCGCUGCUGUUUCCGGAUCGCGUCGCGAUGUCGGGUGUUGCGCCGCGCGGGUCGCCAUUGGUGGUUGUGGUCGCCGGUGGAGGUGCAUGUUGAGUUUUGUGGUCGCCGGACAACUUACGGAUGAAGAUUUUCGUCAAGGCUUUAACAUUGUUUAUGACAAAGCUCUGGCUAAUGCUCUUUGCAAAAUCUUCAGGAGGCAUGGUCUUCUUUUUGAGGAUAUUGGAGGUGAAUUCAAUAUAUCUCUUGCUGCUAAUGCCAAAUCUGUGAGAGAAUUUGACGAGGGGCUAACACGAGUUUCAUUUGGAUUUCAAUCUGUGGAUGAAUACUACUCAAAGUCAAGCAGUUCAGAUUUUGUUAAGAAUGUCACCAUUCCUCUGCUUUGCAUUCAGGCAAGUAUAGUUUAUGAUUACAAUUUUCUCGGAAAUAGUGCUGAAAAUGAUCCGAUUGCACCUUCUCGGGGAAUUCCUCGUAAAGACAUACAGAAAAAUUGCAACUGUAUGUUGAUAGUUACACCGAAAGGUGGUCAUUUGGGUUGGGUGGCGGGGGUUGACGCCCCAUUUGGAGCUCCCUGGACGGAUCCUAUAGUUAUGGAUUUCCUGCAACACUUGGAGGAGCGCCUUCCUUAGAUUUUAAAUUGUUUUACUUCAAAUUAUUAAAUGGAAUAUUCGAAGUGAAGCCAUAAUGAGUGAAUCAUUCUUUCCCAAAUCCUCCAUUCAUGUUUUGUAACAUUGUAACUAGUAUCAUAUUGUUAGAAAUAGGGUAUUAAAAAGUACAUGGGAAUCCUACGAACUGAUAUGU